UCGAGUGCUAUGGAAUGAAGAAGAAAAAUAGAACAUAGAAUGGCACUACCACUCCUCCUCCGCUUGACUUCUUCUUCUUCUUUACGGUUCCGUAAACCAUUUCGCCUCUUGGCAUUUACAUUCUCUACCACUUCACAGCCAAACCCACCUCCCAUUCGAGUUUCCCUCACCGACUCAGUGGGUCGCGCUGUCUUCGCAACUCGCCCAAUCCUUACCGGAGAUCUCAUCCACACCGCCGAACCCGCCAUCUGCCACCCUUCACCUUCCUCCCUCCAUCCCGUCUGCUACUCAUGUCUCGCCAGACUCCCUAACCACUCCACCGUCUCCCCCUUUUGUUCUCACCGUUGCCACCAACGCAGUAAGGAAUAUUAUGAUGUUGAGAUGAAAGCAAAUUGGACGGAUUUUGAUAACUAUUGCCGUGAUAAAUACCUGAACUCUUUUCAAAGGAACCAAGGUUUAAAAUAUCCCUUCCUAGUAAAGCGGUUGGCUUGCAUGAUCAUAUCAGGAGUUGCCAGAAGUGACAGUAUUGACAUACUUCAACCUGCCAAUUUGACACCUGAGAUGAUUUUAGAGAUGGAAGAGGAGUUCACCUUGCUAAGGAAUGCCUUCACAAAGGCACUUAUUGAAGAUGAACAAAUUGCAUUUUUAACCAAGCAAUGGUACAUUAGUGUUUUGGCACGAAUUCGAAUCAAUGCAUUUCGCAUCGAGUUGGCUGGUGGUGGAUCAUAUGAAGAUCUUCUUUCUUCAGCAUUUGCAUCUGUAGAAGCUGAAGCUGCUGUUGGAAAUGCUGUCUAUAUACUUCCUUCAUUUUAUAAUCAUGAUUGUGAUCCUAAUGCACACAUUAUAUGGAUAGAUAGUGCAGUGGCAAAAUUGAAGACCCUCCGCGACAUUGAUGAAGGUGAAGAACUGAGAAUCUGCUAUAUAGAUACCAGUAUGGACCGUGAUGCCCGGCAAGAACUAUUGUUUCGAGGAUUUGGAUUUCAUUGCAAUUGUAGUAGGUGUUUGCAUGGUGAUUAGCUAUUAUUCUUGAUAACAAUUCUCCUAGGUUUUGUAAUAUUAAGUAGUUGGAUACAGGCUAUGAUGUAAACUGAUCAAAUUUUGGGUAUUUAGAAUUUUAGAUAAUAGAUACCAUGACCAAACUUCAUAGAGUCUUCAUGUAUUUUAAUAACAAUCCAUCCACUAACACGUAAUUCAGGAAGUCGAAUAAUGGAACUCUAAAAGGGGUUUGAAUAGUUUUAUCCGUUUAUUAAAAAUUCGAACAUUUUUCUA